CUUCCCUCCUCCCUAGGGUUUUCUGCAGCAGCAGCUGCGAGAGGUGGGGAGGGGAGGGAAAGGGAGGGGAAGAGAGCCGGGGGACUGAGCAGAGGAUAAAUGCAGCCGCAGAAAGCAGCGGAGGCGAAGCGGCGGCGCCCUGGGGGCGAGCGGUGACAGCCCUCCCUCCCAGCCUCGGGAGGGAGUUAGUCCCGGGCGGCCACAGGUCCCGGCAGCCCAGUCCUGGCGCGCCGCUCCAGGGCACGCUGAUCUCUCGGCCCCGGAGCCGCAGCACCCCGCACCGCACGCUGGGGCUCCGGGCGCCCCUGGAGCCCAGGAGGGCGGCUGGAGGAUGCAGUCUCCUCCUCCUCCGGUGCCUGGUCCUUUGGCUCUGCUGGAAGCUGCAGGGCAGUUUGCAAAAAGAAAGCAGAUUUCUCUUUGGUUUGCUGUCUCUCUGCUGGUGGCCUCCAUCUUCAUACUGACCAUUGGCCUUGCAGCAACGACCAGAACUGAGAAUGUGACUGUGGGAGGCUACUAUCCAGGAAUUAUUCUUGGCUUUGGGUCCUUCUUGGGAAUUAUUGGCAUCAAUCUGGUGGAGAACAGAAGACAAAUGUUGGUAGCUGCCAUAGUGUUUAUCAGCUUUGGCGUGGUGGCAGCAUUCUGCUGUGCGAUUGUCGAUGGAGUUUUUGCAGCCCGACACAUAGAGCCGAGGCCUCUCAACACUGGAAGGUGCCAGUUUUAUUCAAGUGGGGUAGGAUUCUUGUAUGACGUCUACCAGACUGAGGUCACCUGCCAUUCCUUGACUAGCAAGUGCCAGCUAAAAGUGAAAAGUAAUACAUGUUACUGCUGUGACUUAUACAACUGUGAGAACACAGAACACUCUACUAGUUACUAUGAGUUUGUUGGAGUCAGUGGCUGUCAGGACGUGGUUCACCUUUACCGUUUGCUGUGGACCUCAACAGUGCUAAACGUUAUUGGUUUGUUUCUGGGGAUCAUCACUGCAGCCGUCCUGGGGGCCUUUAAGGACAUGGUACCCCUAUCCCAAAUGGCCUACGGUUCUGCACCUCCUCCUCCUCAAAUUCUCUACAAUCCAGCCCAGCAGAUCUUGACAUAUGCAGGGUUCUGUCCUUCUACAGCACCACUUCCUGCCUACUCAUCCUACCCUUUACCCCUUCAGCCUGCCGGCAAUUUUCCAGCUUCGUCAUCCACUGAUAUCUCUUUAUCUGAUGACACCCAGCCUCCGUCUCAGUCCAGCUCCACCUAUGGGCUUCCUCCCAAUGCCCCACCACUCUAUACACCAACUUAUUUCCUCCCUGGGGAAAAGCCUCCACCAUAUGCACCAUGAAACAGUAUAGGUUUUCUGUAGUCACUAGCAGAUUUAAAAAGGCACCUCCAGAAAACCAGCUGUUUUGACUACCUGCAGAUGAACCAAGAAACUCUUUCCAGUUCCACUUACUUUCUUCUCCCUUCACAUUCACUAAAAAUGGACCCGGAGUCUGGGAGACCAGGCCAGAUAUCUGACCAAGAAGAUCACGCUGUUGACUUGGGGGGGGGCUAUGGCAGGAACCUCUUGUCCUUUCUUUCCCCACUAUAACUAGUGGACAAAGGGAAAGGGAAAGGGGAACCUUUAUCAAGAACACUGUUCUCUACAGAAGCAACACUUCAUCAUUUCAGAUGCCCCUGGCUUCUUUUCUAUAAAUCAGCAGUGUACCUGGGCCCUAAAAUUCUUCUUGUCUGGACAGGAUUGUUUCUUCCGCUGUUUCUUUUCCUCUCCUAUAGAAGGAAAACAAAUGCCCUCAGUUUCAUUUCCUUACAGCAUUUUUAAAAAAAAUCAUGCUUUUGUCCUUGGGGAAAUAGGGUCCAGAAAAAUCGAUGUCAUGAUUAAUUUACAAUAAAAUAUACUAUGUGUUUAUAUAUAUACAUAUAUUAUAUAUCAUAUGCGUGUUCACAUGUCAUAAAGAAGAGAUGUGGUCCCCCAUUGUUGCAUUGAUCUUUGGGUAGCCUUUGUUCUGAAAAGAAAAAGGGUGCUGUUUCAAGUAUACAAUGCAAUAUUUAAAGAUUGUUGGUUGUCUGAACCAUAUGUGUGUAACUGUUACUUCUUGAGUAUAAAGUUUUCAUCACUGUUGUGAAAAUAUUUUCUAUGGGAGUUCAGCAUUUGAUCUUUAUAAUAUUUGGUCUUGAAUAGUAUGCUCCUAAUGUUUUCUAGAAGAUGUCUAGUUCACCAGUAAGUUGAGUCAACAAGUGUCUAAGUGCCUACCUUGCCAGGAAGCUGCCGUGUAUAGGAACUGUUCUGGCUUGCUUUGGUUGGAUAGGAAGAGGGGAUUCUCUUUGGUCUCCAUUCUACUCUAGUUGUUGACUCAAUUUCCUCGUCUAUAAAAUAGAAGUCUUUGAUUAGAUGGUUUUUAAAGGGCCUUCCAGCACUAGAAUUCUCAGAUUCAAUUUUUGUAUCUAUGCCUGAAGUGCUAGCUCAGUUCCUAAUCUUUUUUUAAUUUAAUAAAUUUAAUGCAGACCCUUUGGAAAACAUGAUCUUUGGCUCCCUCUUCUGGCUGUAAUGCUACAGCUUUAUUUUAUAUGACCAGUCUUAAAAUUGUAUUUCACCUUGAGUAACUGUUACAGAAGACACAUAUUUCUUCUGGGUAUCUACAGAAAAGAUUACUGUAGAUGGAGAAAGCAAUCUAAAAGGGAAACAACUUAUUUUCCAUUUGGGUCCCCACAAGCUCUGAUCUUGCUAGAUAAAAAUCAGACAAGAAUUUAAUGUUUCCCAGGGAAAGUGAAAGGAAGAAAAACACAUGAUGAGUCAAAUCACAAUAAACUGGGUCAGAGAGACCAGAAAGUGCCAUACAUAUGAAAGAUACAUGGGUGGCUGGGGUGAGAGACAGAAAGAUAACUAACUCUGUGCCAAUGAAGAUUUUAUUGGGAUCCAAGAAUGCAUAUUAUGUUUCCAGAAAGAAGCUAGUUUCAUUGAGAACGGUUGUCUCUGUGUUUACAUUUCUAUAUCCCUCAAUUGUUAAUUGGUGACCAACCUGAUCAUACCUGUUUCUUCCCUUUGCAUUAACUCAUAUUUCUGUGUAAUAUCACUUAAGAAACAGAUUUAUAGGUCUUCCAGAGCAGCGCUGUUGAAGUCAAAAGAAAUGGAUCCCCUCAGGCUACAUAUUGAUUUAGAAAAUUAAAAAUUAACAUUGUC